CAUGUCCCUGCUGGCUCAAAAUACAGAAUCUAAUUAUUGCUGUUAAUCACCAGGCGCUCGAGCUGACUCACUGUCGAGCCAUACUGUCCAUAUGGCCACACACACACACACACACACACAUGUACACACACAUGUACACGGCACUGGCCCUCCCCGUACAGUACACUCACUCAUGCACACAUGCGCACACUUACUCAUACAAGUGCUCUCGAAAGAGCACAGUCUCACUUCGUCUUUCCACAGGAUGUUAUGAAAUCAGUCCUGUUGCUGAAACUUGGUGAAGGUCGAUGGGAGUCCUCUCUCUCACCCACACACACACACCACACACACCACACACCACACACACACACACAUACAUCCACACUCCAUCGGGCACUUUUAGACAGGCACACACUCAUCCUCAUGCAGCGAGCUGAAUCUGAGCGCAGUCCCAGUCCUCCUGUACCGAAGUGAGGACCCUGCUGGUGAGCGGACUAUCGCCUGAAGCCAGGAGGCCGCGCGGGCGUUGAUUCGAUUUUACAGCCCAGUCGCUCCGUCCGAAGCUCGGGUCCGUCAGCCGAAGCAGGCGAAGAGGGGAGAAGAGGAGGAGGAUUAGUGAUGGCCGUGACCGACAUCACAGAGGAUGACCUGGAUGAGCUGAUGCGUGAAGAAGCGGAGGAUGUGUUCUUGGAAGACGGAGUGUCAUCCCGAGUGCCGGAGAUCAUGGCGGCUGGCACCCACUCCCCCGGGGGGCCCAACGGCAUCAUCCGGAGUCAGUCCUUCGCAGGCUUCAGCACCUUACAGGAGCGACGCUCACGGUGUAACUCUUUCAUGGGGAACUCUGCGGUGCAGAAGAAGCCUCAGUCCAAGCCCAAGAAGCCCCACCUGUCAGGCCACAAGGGCGGCAGCAGCUCCAGAGAGCCGCAGCCCAAAAGACUGGAGGAGGUUUACAACGCUCUCAAACAAGGACUGGACGAGUAUCUGGAGGUUCAUCAGACCGAGCUGGACAAACUGAUGUCUCUGAUGAAGGACAUGAAGAGGAACUCUCGCCUGGGAGUGCUGUAUGAUCUUGACAAGCAAAUCAAAACCAUCGAGAGGUACAUGAGACGUCUGGAGUUCCACAUGAGCAAGGUGGACGAGCUGUACGAGGCUUUCUGCAUCCAGAGCCGGCUGAGAGACGGAGCCAGCCGGAUGAAGCAGGCCUUCUCCUCCUCUCCCUCCACCAAAGGCACCAAAGAGAGCAUCGCAGAGGUCAACCGCCGCUACAAGGAGUACACGGAGAACAUGAGCACAUUUGAGAGCGAGCUGGAGAACCUCCUCGGAGAGUUUCAUAUCAAAAUGAAAGGUUUGGCAGGUUUUGCUAGACUCUGUCCUGGAGAUCAAUACGAAAUCUUCAUGCGGUACGGGCGCCAGCGGUGGAAGCUGAAGGGGAGGAUUGAAGUGAAUUCCAGACAGAGCUGGGACGGCGAUGAGAUGGUCUUCAUGCCCCUCAUCACCGACCUCAUCAACAUCAAGGUGACCGAGCUGAAGGGUUUGGCCACUCACAUGCUCGUGGGCAGCGUCAUCUGUGAGACCAAGGAGCUGUUCACUGCCAUGCCUCAGGUGGUGGCCGUGGACGUCAACGACCUGGGAACCAUCAAACUCAACCUGGAGGUCACCUGGUAUCCCUUCGACGUGGAGGACCUGACUCUGUCAUCGGGAAACGUGAGCAAAGCCACAGCUCUCCAGAGGAGAGUGUCGGUCUACAGCCAGGGCACACCGGACACCCCCACCUUCCAGGACACCUCCUUCUUUUCCACUCUGCCAGACGACGUCUUCGAGAACGGCGGCUGUGGCGUGGCCGAGUGCAAGCGUCUGUCCUUCACCUUCUCCGACACGUCUGGCUCGACGCCCAGCCCCAGCCCGGCGCCCAGCUCCCACUCCCCGGGCCAGUCCAACCCCGAGAUCACCGUCACUCCUCCAGAGACGGAGCUUCUGCACUCGCAGCUGCUCCCAACCAGAGAGGACUUCAUCGCAGAGGAGCAUCUGGAGGAGGAAGAGGAGGAGGAGUAUGAGGAGGAUGGGGAGACGGCCAGCAGGGGCAGUCGGGGCAGCAGGACCAGCGCCAGCCUCGCCAGCGACGAAGCCGAAGCGGCGGAGGACUCGGAGUGGGAACGCACGGAGUCCCAACGUAACUCCAGCUCCAACUGCGGCUCGGCCGCUCCGUCCUUGUGCUCCGACGGACACCUGUCCACCGUGGCGCCCGAGGACGUCUUCCUGGAUCAGGCCGACGAGCUGAAACCCGUGGAGCUGGACACGGAGGAGGCGGGCAGCCUGACCAGGCAGCUGGUCAAGAGGCUGACGUCCUCAGAAAUCGUGCCGCCCGGCGGGAGCUCCGCCGAGGGCGGGGGGAGCCUGGGCUGGGCCGGGGAGGGCAGCAGGGCCUUCCUGGAGAGCAGCCUGGAGGAGGCCAUCCACAGCCUGCUGAUGAGGCUGGAGUCGCUGACGCACCGCUGCAGGGAGCUGCAGGACCUGGAGCAGGAGGUCAUGCGUCUGGAGGAUCUGCUCAAGUGUCGUCUGCCAGGCCACAGGAGCCGGUCGUCCAGCCUCAGCCUGACCGUGGAGAGCGCCCUGGAGAGCUUCGACUUCCUCAACACGUCUGACUUCGAUGACGAGGACACCGGGGACGAUCACAUCCCUCAGAGGUCUCCGCUUUUUGAAGCUGAUGGGGAGAGGAUUGGGGUCCAGCACCCAGAGGCAAGAGGACACCUCAGCGAAGCCCUGACAGAGGACACUGGGGUGGGCAACAGCGUGGCGGGAAGCCCCCUCCCGCUGACCACUGGAAAUGAGAACCUGGACGUGGCCAUCGUCAUCCACCUGCAGUACUGCGAACACCUCAUACAGUCGUUGACGAGCGGCGUCGGCGUGUGGCAGCGGCGCAGUGUGCUCCUCAAACUGUCCGGGCAGACGCAGCUGUUAGAGGAGCUGGCAGAGCUCAGCGUGGACAGACUGGGAGCGAUCACGUCCGCAGCGGACGUCCUCCCGAGCCUGGCAGAGCGCCCCCAGCUGAUGACCCUGUGGUCGGAGUGCAGCGGGUCUGCAGGUCUUUUCCACACCACCCUGGACCGAGUGCUCAAACACAUGAACCAGCGCUACACCGCCGUGCUGCAGGACAGACACCCCCACAGCGCUGACACAGUGAUCGGUGUGGUCGUGGGUGAGAUGGUGGACAGAAGCGACGUGAUGUCCGCCCCCGCUGCGGCGCUCUCUCAGGACGUCCUGACCGUGUUUCAGUUCCACAGCUACAUCCUGCAGCACCAAGUUCAGGACAUGGAGACGCACCUGCUGCACCUGGCCAGAGAAGAGGUGUUUGCGGAGGUCCUGUGCAGCGGAGAUUCUUCCAGGUGUCUGACGGAGCUGGAGGAGGUCCCUGCGUCCAGUCUGUGGCCCAGAAACAGCAGCCUGAGAGCGCUGGCCUCGCUGCUCACUUCAGAAAACCCUCAGCUCAACAAGGCAGCGGCAGACUACCUCUCCUCUGGAGCGACAAACUGCAACUUCAGGUCAAGGGCAGUGGAGUGCUACACUCAGGCGCUGUCGGAGGCCGGAGGUCAGAGCCAGAGAGCAGCGUGUGCAGCGCUCAGCUGUCUGCAGGCGGUUGAGAGCAUCAGGGCGGUGAUCGCACUGUGUGAUUCAGCCGAUGAGGAGCUGCGGCACGUCGCCAUUGAAACCCUGCUCACAUUUGGGGAGGAGGGGCGGCUGGCGUACGAGCAGCUGGACACGGUGCCGGGGGAAAUGAUCCGGCUCGGCACGCGGAGGGGAAACGCCGUCACCACUGCCUUCUGAGCCUCUGGAAACACGCCGGACUGGUCCGACCUGUGCCGACAGCGCCACCUCCCUGACCUCCGCUCGCCCUGCACGCCCCGCCGGGCUGCCUGUGGCCGAUCCGGUUCGAUUCCCGGGAGGAGGAGACUUUCGGCAACACACCGAUUGAUUCCUUUCCUUACUGUUACUGCCUCUAACAACUAACACCAAACAAACUGUCUUAAACCACAGGGACACAUUACCGACACCCCUCCUCCAUGUGAACGCCCCUUAACCCCCCGCCCUGCUUACUGAGCCAGCCGGACCAGUCAUUGUUAAUUUAAACUGGAGAACAUGAAUCUGAUUGGAGACAAAGCUGCUGCUUUCACAGACUGUGGAAAUCGAGCUGAGCACAUCUGCAACACUUAACCGUUCGAGGAUUGUCUUCAUUCCUGCCGAGUCAUGCAAUAUGCUUCAAUCUGUGUAAUCACUGUAACUCGUUUUAAUUUGGUGGUUUUUGCAUUGGAAAUGCUCUCCGGCGCUUUCUGAAGAUUUGCACUGUGGUAACGCAUGUAAAUACGGCAUAUUUUACACAACCGGUGUAACAUAUGUAGUUGUAUUCAAAGUGUAAUUUAAUAUUUUGCUGUCUUGGUACGUUCCAUUUGAGUUUCAGGGAUUCUUGUACGGUUGAAAGAUGCACAGAAGAAGAGAGAACGGCCGCAGGUUAGAAAGCCGUUCGCAGGCUGGAGAGGUGAAACAGGUCAGCACAGCGCCCCAGGUUCACUCAUGCACUCACUUUUCUCAUUCUCACAGUUUAACAAGUGCAAUUCUCUCUGUACAUAAGUGACUCUUUUGCACCCGGCCGACAUAAAGAAGCCUGUUUCUCGCCGCUGACCAUUUGAGCCUUGAUGUAGUCGAGCAGACGGAUUCUAACAGAUACUCUUUUGUAAAAAUGUAUUUUUCCUACAACAUCAGGAGCCUUGACGGGGGCAAUAAAUCUGAGUGGGAAUGCACUGCCUCCAUAUCUGUACAGAGAUGGGCUGAGGAUAAAUCCAGUCUCACUUUUGGCUCAUUUCUUGAGGAUGUGAGCUGUCGGGUACUCCCUGGCUCUGUGGGGAAAAACACCCGAUCAGAGACCGGGGAGCUUUUCUCACCUGUACCUGUACUACUGAGACAAAAAUCACAUAUUUUCACACCUUUUAUUUAUUAUUUACUGCUUGUAAUUCUAAUCUUCUUUUGGAGUUAUACGGUAGUAGCACAGACAACAUGUUAUGUAAAUUAAUUGUAUAUUUAUGUUCAUUUAUCUGCUCUAUUUGAAAUAUUGUCUAUGGUUUGAAAAAGGCCUCCGUGUUUUUACAAUGCAACUGAUGACGUGCUUAAUUUUAAUUGGAGAUUAUUUUGAGAGAAUUAUAUUAGAUUAACCUUUAUUUUGAACAAAGAUUUGCUAUGAGUUAUGUAGAUUUCUUCUUUUUCUUUCCCCCUAAAAAGUCCCUUAAAUAACGGGACAUUUAUAUCAUAGAGAUGUUACUUUAUUACCUAGAAGAUUUAGUGUAACCAAAGGA